UUAUAAGAUUGAUAUGUUUGUGCGUGCUUUUUUAAAUCCUGUAUUGUAAACAUAUAUUUUUUUCAACCGAAUUAGGUAUUUAAAUUAUUUGUUAAAAUAGCAUUUUCAUAUAAUACAACAGUAAUCGUAUUUAAAAUCGUAUUUAAAACUACGUUGAAUACUAUAUUGUUUUAUGUAGUUCGUUCAGGUAAGAAUAUACAUACAAAAUCACUUGAACGGGUUAACAAGCCCAGGUACAACUACCUCGGAUGUUUUCUAUAUGCACUUGCCUAUCAUUAUCACGCAAACUGACUCAUAAUCAUGUGAUUUUUUCCUUGUGCUAAAAAGUAUUGUGCAUUGUAAAAUGCUCAAUUUUAUUGUAGUUGCUUAAUUAUUUAAGCAUGUUUUACAAAAACAGACAAAUAAUAUAGAAGGCAUGAAUAACAAAUGUUUCAUAUUCAUGUUCUUAAUUGUGAAUUUUAAUUAGUAAACUCAUAUAGAUGCCAACCAACUGCCUACAUACUUAUAUUCAUAGCUGAAUAAUCGUCAUAUGUAUAACAAUUUUAGUACAAAAUAAAUAAUAAUAAUAACAGUUAUCACAAGGUAAUAAAUUGUAAACUAUUAUUUGUAAAUGAAACGUUAUUUGUUAUAUGUAUCUUGUUUCCCUCCAGCAAAAUGGCGACUAAAACUAAAGACUGGCGGGCAGAACAAACAGCUUCAAGAUGCUUAAAGCACCUUGUACAAGAAAAACUGUUCACAGACGUCAGGUUUAUCUUCCCAAAUGACAACAAUGAGUCCUGCACAGGACACAAGCUAAUACUCAGCAUGAGGAGUCCUGUUUUUGAAGCCAUGUUUUACGGCCCCUUGGCUAAAGACGAUGACGAAGUUACAAUCAGCGAUAUCGAAAAGAACACCUUUGAGAUGUUGCUGCGAUACGUGUAUACUGAUGAGCUUAAGUUAGAUGGAGAAACAGUAUUGAAGUGUUUGUAUGCAGCAAAAAAGUAUUGCAUAGACGGUCUGGUAAAGAUGUGCUCAGAUUUCUUAGAAGCGUCUGUUGCCGUUCAUAAUGCUUGCUCAAAUUAUGAGCACGCAAAAUUCUACGAACUGCAAGGACUCCUUGAAACGUGCAAAACGUUUAUGACGACAAACGCCGAAGAUAUACUAAAACAUGAUGAUUUUUUCAGUCUAACGAAUCAAAGCCUUUCAGAGUUCCUUGCAAAUAGGCAACUCAAACCAAACGAGGUACUGUAUUUUGAUGCCGCCAACCGUUGGUCCGAGAAUGAAUGCUUAAAAAGAGAUAUGAUGAUUAGUGCUGAAAACAAGCAAACGCUGCUUGGUCCUGCGCUAAAGGAAAUCAAAUUCGGACUGAUGACACCUCAAGAAUUUGCAGACCUUGUUCCUGAAACAGGACUUGUAAAUAAAGAUGAUCAAUUGGAUAUCUACAGGUGGAUAAUAACCAAAAAAGUUCGUGGAUCGCAAGUAUGUGACAAGUUUAAAUCAUUGCCGCGUCAUUCACAGACAUUGCCGAUAGCAUUGAAUACAUCCAAUUGUACCGAGGGAACAACGUUGCUAAAUGAAUCUCAGUUUACGAUACAAAGCAAUGAGCCCAUACGGAUAGCAUCGAUAAUAAUGAAAACAACGAGUUACCAAUUGUCAUCAGUAACGGUGAGCGAAUCUGAAGAGGAAGAACGGCCCAUAUCUCUCUCAAACAUCAACAUUCGAGUUUGGAACACAUACGAUUUCAAAGAUUUCGAUUUCGAAGAAGAUGUAAAUGUAAAGGCAAACACAACCGUCACAUUCAAGUUCAAAUUCAAAAAGAGAAAAACACACACAGACUAUGGUUAUGUAACUAAAAAUGUGAGUCACAAACAUUAUCAUCCCAUGGAACCCGAGCAUGUCUUUGGUGGGCUGUUAGUGAAAUGCACCGAAUUUUCAGAAUAUUUGUCAAAGAUAAAAAUAAAGUGUUGUUGACAUUAGUUCCGGAAAAAUGUUUCUUAACUAGUUAUGACUUUUAAUGUUUGUUGUUGUGUUAAUCAGUCUUCAGAUAGCGUGCUUUCCAAAUUAUGAACAUUGAACCUUAAUUUGAUUCAUGUACAUUUUAAUGAUAUAAAAUACUAAUAGGGAGACUUAUAAAAUAAACUGACGUUUUCCUUUGCAAUAAUAGUGCGUGAUACAAACUGACAUACGCUUACAGUGUGAAAGAAAAAGCAUAUUUUUGUAUUCACAUCAUUAAUUUACAUACUGACAUGAACAGACAUCCUUAAAGUGGUAGUCAUAAUGUUUCGUAGUAAAUAUGCACAUAUGUAAAUUUACAGCUUUGUAUUAAGCACAAAUAAAAAAAGAAAGUCUUUUAAUUAAUUUGUUACAACAUUGGAUCGAAUAUCUCCAUGUUUUGUCACUUUUUCUGGUUAUAUUUUUAUCUAGAUGGGUGAAACUGGAACUACAAGCUUAGAAGCCGAUUCUUAUUAUGGAUUUGUUAAUGUCACAAAGAAUGAAGUCCGAAUGAAAAAUAAAUCAUUCACCUAG